AUGAAGUUCACAACAGCCCUCUCCGUCCUCGCGGCUUCCGCGAGCAUUGCAAGCGCCAAGUCGCUCCUCGAUGAUGUCCCCAGCAAGAUCACGGUCGGGGAGACAUACAACAUCGAAUGGAGCUCGGACGCCAAAGAGAAAUCCGAGCUCCUCCUCGUCCACAAGACCGCCUCCGGAUGGGAACCCACCGAGACCUUCUUCAAGAACAAGAUUACGGAACAGCCCGGAGGAAACUACACCUGGAAGGUCGGCAAGUCGACUCCCACCGGCGACGGCUAUGCUCUUUGGUUGAGUGCAGCUUCUCUCAAGAACCCCGGCACCGGGUACGCCGACCUCAGCAAGUGGUUCGAGAUUGUGGCUCCAGAGAUCGACGCCGCCGCUCCAGAGGGCAGAGAAGAUUUGAAGAUCUGA